GUGGGCUGGUGUCGUCGCCCAGGGCAACGGCGAUGGCGGCCAGGGCGGCCGGGCGGCUCUUCUCGCUGGAGCUGCUCGUGGACUGGGUGCGGCUGGAGAUCGGGCUGUCACCGAGCGCCGGGGACCCCGCGGUGGCGUUUUGCCUAUUGGACUUCCCGCCGCUGCUCGUCCUCCCUCCUGCGGCUUCUAGCCGGGAUCCCCAGAGCGGUACCAUCGACUUCGGGCGCGGCAAGGCCUGCCUACUACGCCUGCGCCCUGCCGCCCUGCUUCGCCCGCGCCUGCGCGCCGCCCUGCUGCAGCUACCCGAGGGUCCAGCGUCUGCACCGCGCCUGUUGGGGGCUUGCGACAUCCUGUUGGUCGCCUCCCAGGGCCGACGGGGUAAAUUCAUCUUGCGUGGCCCGACGGCCGAGCGCGUCGGGGAAUUGGCUCUCUUCUACCGUCUAACCGAUCUAGGACGCUUUCCCCCGGGGGCUUCAGAGCUGCAGGGCCCGCUGAGCCCUGCGACUAUCACCGGUUCAGAGGCCCUGGAGGUGUGGGAGCCACGUACCAAGGAGACCUCGAAGCCAUGCACCAAAGAUGCUGCUGUCAGAUGCCUACAGUGUGCCUCAGAUGCACGCCUCUUGGAGGCCUCAGAGACAUGCACCAAGGGUAUCAACAGCUGGUCUGCAGGAGAUUCAGAUCCCUCAGCUGUCCAGAAGUCAUGGGAAGAAGCAGUCUUACACAGUAAGGCCAGCUCUGGGGACAUGGCUUCUACCCCUUGUCCACCCGCUCCCAGUGGGAGGAUUGUCAGCCCCCUCAGCCCAGAGGUCACGGAGCUAGACUUUGAAACCAACAUCUUUUGCCCUCCUCCUCUUUAUUACACUCACCUGACUGAGGAAAAGGCACCUCCUGCCAGGGUUGAGAUCACUAUUGAGCCUCAGAGAAAUGGACCUGAGGAGUUGGAUGGCAUUUUCCCCGAAGCAGAACAUGUAGAUCGUCCCAUACAUCCGGUGAAACAUAUAAGAUCUGCAACGGGAGAGAGACCUCCAGUACUUCUGAAUCCUACACGGAUACAAGGUCCAGGUGCAGUUAAUGAGGUUGCAAGUACCCCUCAGACUGAACAAAGUACAGCCAAUGCAAUAAGACAGCUGCCACUGUUGAAUGCUUUGUUGAUUGAGCUGUCCUUGCUUUGUAACCAGCCUGUGGCAAGCCCCACCCAGGUUCACCCCCACUUAGCCUGGUUGUAUACAGGUGAACAUAAGGGGGCAGAACCUUCUGUCAAGUCUACAUCUCUGUCAGAAUCAAAGAGCAACAAAAUUUCCGUUCGAGGAAAUGAAAAGCUUUUGAGUGUUCAGUCUAAAAAGAACCCUAAAGGUAAACAUUCAGAGGUCUGUGGUAGCCCUCCACAGAGGGUUACAAAGGGGAAGCUGCUUUAUGGCUUAACAAAUACACUAAGACUGCGUUUAAAGCAAACAAACCCGGACAUGCUGGCUGUACACGAAAAGAGAGAACAGUAUAGAAAAUCCCAAAUACAAGCUGUGGGACCAAAAUUCCAAGCCCCACCAUGGAAAGGGAAAGUACCAAGCCUGGCAGCACAGAGCCAGAUGCCAUCACAGCCCCGCAAGGAUACGUUUUCUGACUCAAAUGGGUCUUUUGCUGAAGGCAGUGAUACUUCAAGGCAAGUCAGUGCAUGUCUUGAUGAGCCAAGUACAACUAAAGAAACAAAAUGGAGCCAUGCUAUUAAAAAAGAGGCAGUUGAGCAUAGUGAAAACAGAACCAGCAACGCUUGGUUGGAAGCAGGUGGGUGUCCUGCAGAUUCCAUUAUUCCAGAGAGAUUUCAUCAUUCAAAUACCCUGGGAGGAACUUCAAAAGUGAAGGUCCAGAGCACAGGGCUAUCCCGGCAGGAUCCUACUGUUAGCAAAACUGUAGAUGAGGGGAAAGGUGGAAGGCAGGUGAAAGUCACAGACAUUGUGACUGCUGAUACAGGUGAAAACAGACCUUCCAGUAGAAACAGUUCCAGUGUGAGCAUCUCAGAGCUACAGUACCAGGAGGAGUUCGCCAGCCCUUGCUAUUCUGAAGACUUCUGCAUGACUGAGAAUAACAGCAUAAGUCUGUUGGUUCCCAACUCAAGCUCAGGGACAGAAAAUUCCCAGCAUGGUUCACAAACAAGUGAGGCACGGAUGUCCACAAGGAAGAGCAGCAGUGGAGUGAGCCCUGUGCUCAGCCCUCCCUUCUCUGCUGGCUCACCAGUGUGCUCACAUAAACGAUCUCAUGUAUUGAAGACUCCUGAUAGGAUUCUGGAGGACACCUCCAGUAGCUCCACCAGCGACUUUUCAUCACAGUGGACAAAUGGAAAGGAAAACCUGGCAGAUCCACUGAGUACAGGUAGUUCAAAGGUCAUAAGGACAGGUCAGGACACCUCCACUAAACUUAAAGUAGGAGCUGGUCGCAAGUCCUCUGAGAAAAGCCAGUCACCAAGGACAUCUCAAGUGAGUUCAUAUGAGCCAUCAAAUUUGUCUGAGCUAGAACUCAAGGGCUUAGACAACAGUGCAUCGGCUGACUUCCAAGAAGAGGAUGAUGACCUUGGGUCACUGAAUAUCUCCAAACAGUGCAGAGAUAUCUGUGAAUUAGUAAUAAAUAAACUUCCAGGAUAUACCGUGUGAAAGUAUGCUGCUUUAGAAAACUAGGUUAUGCCUGAUGAGUGCUAAUGCUGAAGAGAUGUAAUACUCAUACUAAACCUUAGUACAUAACGUACUGUAGUUGUUUUAGGAAAUUAGAUAGUUUGUCAUUGAUGUUUAGUUACUUUUCCUUCAAGCUGAUCAUACUCUGAAGUCCCUGUUAAGCUUAGGAAUGAUUCCUUUAUAAAUGUUUAAGAUUAAAAGUAUGUCUGUAUAUUCUUCAAAAGUAUUGUCUUGCAGUAUAGAUUAUUCUAAAGUUGGCAUUUCAUGCACCAUUGUAAAAAGAAGAGCUUGUUAAUGAACCCAGCACCAGUUCUUAAUGGGAAUAAAUCUGGUAACAGGUGGAUGUGUUAGAGUGUGAGCUGCAGGAAGUGAUUUGUGAUCUAUAGCUGCUAAGAACUUUUGGUUUGCAGACUUUCAUAACACCCUGUCCUUUUAUUAUUUAAUCUCUCUUUUAUAUUACUUCAUUAACACUUACUUGAGCUUAUGUUCCUUGUUAAGAAAUCCUGUCUUGUUUUCCAUCCAGUAUUACCUUAGGAGAUAUAUAUAUGAAAUUGCCUUGGCAGUUAAAAUGCCUACGACAGGCUGUAGCACUUACACUAACAAGAAGCAUAGUAUAUUUUACUUCUGGUGGACAUAAACAACCUUCAAGUAUAUGAAAGCAUUUAGAGAGAGCAAAGUAAGGCUUCAUCCCAUAUAGUUUCGUGAAGAGGAGUUUAAUUUAUGUCAUGUUUUCAGGUUGUUUAAUGGGAAAACGGGUUCUCAUAUACCCUAGUCAUCAGUUCUGUACAAUGUCUUUCAUUGUGUUCAAAUAUUUGUAGGCAUUUUCUUAUAGCCCUGUUACACUGUAACUUUUAGACUUUUUAAUGUAGUUGAUGUUUCGGAGCCUGUGAGACAAAGCCCUGAUUUUUGCUUUAUUACAUAAAUUAUUAUAAACAAUUCCAUAAUCGUGUGGGCAUGUUCUGAGUGAUUAUGAUAGUAGGUAAGAUUUACAGCAAUGAUGAGAAGAGGCCAUCCUCCCUCGGGGAUCACUGUGAAUAAAAGAGCAAUGAUGGGAAUGAGCUUGGCUUUCCUGGGAGAG